ACCAAAGCCAUAAUAUAUAAUACACACAAGAACUAGAAGGCGACACUACGAGAAGAAAAAGAAAGAAAAGAAAGCCUAAAAACGACGACACUUUUAAAAGCUUUUUUUGAUUCUAUAUGGAAGUAGUCGGCCGGAAUAUGCCCAACGAGUUUGUUAGCUUGAAGGAGACCGAGCUCUGCCUCGGAUUGCCCGGUGGCUGUGGCGGAGAUCAGACCGUCGAGAUGACCCUCAAAGCUUCUGGCAAGAGGGGAUUCUCUGAAACUGUUGAUCUCAAACUUAACAUUCAGAGCAAGGACGGUGCCGGUGGCGGUGGUGUCGGGGUGGAUCUCAACGAGAAUAUUAAGAAUGUUUCUACGAACGUCGACGGUCAAAAAAGCCUCUGCUCCAAGGAUCCAGCUAAGCCACCCGCCAAAGCACAAGUUGUGGGUUGGCCACCAGUUCGAUCGUACAGGAAGAAUGUGAUGGCACAGAAGAACACGAGCGGCGGCGAAGGAACGGAGAAAGGAAAUGGUGGGUCAGCUGCAUUUGUGAAGGUUUGCAUGGAUGGUGCUCCAUAUCUUCGCAAGGUUGACCUAAAAAUGUAUCAAAGCUACCAAGAGCUUUCUGAUGCCUUGGCCAAGAUGUUCAGCUCCUUCACUAUGGGUGAAUAUGGUACACAAGGAAUGAUAGAUUUCAUGAAUGAAAGGAAGUUGAUGGAUCUUCUCAACAGCUCUGAGUUUGUUCCUACUUAUGAAGAUAAAGAUGGCGAUUGGAUGCUCGUUGGGGAUGUUCCAUGGGAGAUGUUUGUGGAUUCAUGCAAGCGUUUGAGAAUCAUGAAAGGAUCAGAAGCCAUUGGCCUUGCCCCAAGAGCCAUGGAGAAAUGCAAAAGCAGAAGCUAGCUGAGAAGAGAUAUUGAGAAAGUGGUUUUGUGAAAAGCAGAAAGGGAAAAAAGAAUAUGGUGUUCCAGCUUGGAAACUUGCAUGUUGUUCUGUGUAAUUUUAAAAAUUUAAUGUUGUUUUUUGUUUAAAUUAUUAGUAUAUAAAGAAAAAAAAAAAUUAAAUGAUGUGUUGUUGGGGACAAUAUUUGUAAUAGAAGAGACAUCAAAAGCUGUAAACUUUCACCUACUGUCUGUCUGGUUGGUUUGUUUGUUAUGUUUAAUUAUUAUUAUUACCACUAAUUAAUUUUCCAAUAUAUAUAUAUCCAUAUCUAUAUAUAUAUAUAUUUGGUUUUUUUU